GGUUCCUCCUCGCGGCCCCGCCCCGGCCCGGCCCAGCCGCGCGUCCCUCCCGCUGCCCGAGCCUGGGCGCCGAGGCGAGGAGACGACAGACGUGCGGACGGACGCGCGGACCAGGGCACCCACCGGCGGCGCGGGCACGGGGCCGGGAGCAGCAGGCCUUGGACCCAGGCCGCACAGGCCUCCAUCACCCCCCAUCGCCAGCCACGACCGAGGACGCCAUGAGCCAGCUGGGGUCCGUGAGCUGCUGCCCCGGUGCUGCCAACGGCAGCCUGGGCCGGUCGGACGGUGUGGCCAAGAUGAGUGCCAAGGACCUGUUUGAACAGAGGAAGAAGUACUCCAACUCCAACAUCAUCAUGCAUGAGACCUCCCAGUACCAUGUCCAGCACCUGGCCACGUUCAUCAUGGACAAGAGUGAGGCCAUCGCGUCUGUGGAGGACGCCAUCCGGAAACUGGUGCAGCUGAGCUCCAAGGAGAAGGUCUGGACACAGGAGAUGCUGCUGCAGGUCAACGACCAGUCACUGCGGCUGCUGGACGUGGAGUCUCAGGAAGAGCUGGAGAACUUCCCGCUGCCCACCGUGCGGCACAGCCAGACGGUGCUGGACCAGCUGCGGUACCCGUCCGUGCUGCUGCUCGUGUGCCAGGACUCGGAGCAGAGCAAGCCCGACAUCCACUUCUUCUACUGCGACGAGGUGGAGGCGGAGCUCGUGCACGAGGACAUCGAGAGCGCGCUGGCCGACUGCCGUCUGGGGAAGAAGAUGCGGCCGCAGACCCUGAAGGGCCACCGGGAGAAGAUCCGGCAGCGGCAGUCGGUCCUGCCCGCCCCCAAGGGCCCAGCCCCCAUCCCCUUCCAGCGCCACGGCGGUGACUCUCCGUCCAGCAAGAACCGAGUGGGCCCGCCCGUGCCCCUCAGCGAGCCGAGCUUCCGCCGUCGGGAGUCGCAGGACGAGGAGCCGCGGGCUGUGCUGGCCCAGAAGAUAGAGAAGGAAACGCAAAUCCUCAACUGCGCCCUGGACGACAUCGAGUGGUUCGUGGCUCGGCUGCAGAAGGCGGCCGAGGCUUUCAAACAGCUGAACCAGCGCAAGAGGGGGAAGAAGAAGGGGAAGAAGGGGCCGGCAGAGGGCGUCCUUACGCUCCGGGCACGGCCCCCCUCGGAGGCCGAGUUUGUUGACUGUUUCCAGAAAAUCAAGCUGGCUAUCAACCUGCUUGCCAAGCUGCAGAAGCACAUCCAGAACCCCAGCGCUGCGGAACUGGUGCACUUCCUCUUUGGACCGCUAGACCUGAUCGUCAGCACCUGUGGGGGCCCAGACAUCGCAUGCUCCGUCACCAGCCCCAUGUUCUCCCGCGACGCCGUGGGCUUCCUGCGAGGCCACCUAGUCCCCAAGGAGACGACGCUGUGGGAGUCACUGGGGGAGACGUGGACGCGCCCCCGCUCUGAGUGGCCACGGGAGCCGCAGGUACCCCUCUACGUGCCCAAGUUCCACAGCGGCUGGGAGCCACCCCUGGAUGUGCUGCAGGAGGCUCCCUGGGAAGUGGAGGGGCUGGCGUCUGCCCCAGAUGACGAGCCGACUCCAGUGAGCCGACUAUCCUUUCGAAACUCCCCAAAACACAGCCUCGUACCUGAGCCCACACCUCCGGGGGACGUCCUCCCACCAGUCAGCUCCCCGCAUGCUCACAGGGGCUACGAACCUGCACCGACCAUGGCCAAGUACGUCAGGAUCCUCUAUGAUUUCACGGCCCGGAAUGCCAACGAGCUGUCAGUGCUCAAGGACGAGGUCCUGGAGGUGCUGGAAGAUGGCCACCAGUGGUGGAAGCUUCGGAAUCGCAGUGGCCAGGCCGGCUACGUGCCCUGCAGCAUCCUGGACGAGACUCGGCUGGAGGACGUCCCCCCAGAGCAGGCCAGUCUGAAAUACUGGGGUCCUGCCAGCCCCACCCACAAGCUGCCCCCAAGCUUCGCAGGGAACAAAGAAGAGCUGAUCCACCACAUGGACGAGGUCAACGAUGAGCUCAUCAAGAAGAUUAGCAACAUCAAAACGCAGCCGCAGCGGCACUUCCGCGUGGAGCGCAGCCAGCCCGUGGGCCUGCCGCUCACCUACGAGUCCGACCCCCACGAGGUCCGCGCCUGGCUGGAAGCCAAGGCCUUCAGCCCGCGGAUCGUGGAGAACCUGGGCAUUCUGACCGGAGCCCAGCUCUUCUCGCUCAACAAAGAGGAACUGAAGAAGGUGUGUGGGGAGGAGGGCAUCCGCGUGUACAGCCAGCUCACCGUGCAGAAGGCGGUCCUGGAGAAGCAGCAAGGUGGCUCGGAGCUGGAGGAACUCAUGAGCAGGUUUCAUUCCAAGACCCAGAGGAGAGUGGAGGAGGACAGCUAGAGCCGGCGGCAGGGCCCACCCCACCCGGCGUCCAGAUCUGCACAACACACGUCGAUGCCCCUCCUCUCGCCAUGUUGUUCGAAGAGGACCUGUUUUGCGCUGAAAGGCGCUCGUUGUGCGUCGAGUGCUGGCUCCCCAAGAUACCACCAUGUGACUGUGGCUCGAUCUCGAGCUACAGGGGCUCGCCUGCCUGUCGACGCUUAGCGGGGUCUGAGGGGUGAGCGGGCGAGGUGGGGUACUGUGAGGUUUCAGGGUCUGGAUUAAGCCAGGGUUUUCAGACGCUUGACGAGGACUGGGCAAACGCGAGACCUGUUCCUUCAAGACUGGCGGGCGCGUAGAGGGUUGGAAGUGACCGGGGGAUCCACGCACCUGCUUGAGCCGCGGCUACCUCCGGGCCCCGGGGCCACAGCCUCAGGAAGCCCCCAAAACAACAUCUUCCCAGUGUUUCCUGCCUCGUGCCGCUGACGAGCUGUGUGCUGUGGGUGGUUCGGCGCCUGGUCUAUCGGUGCUGUUGCUGAAGGAAGGAUAAGCGCGUGCCUUUCCAUUUUCGUAGUUGUAUUUUCUGCUAUAGUAAACAUCGAUAGAGGUAACCUACGUAAACAAAACUUCCCCGGGACCCUCGAUGAUUUUUGACUGUGUGAAAGGGUCCCGAGGCCCCGGUUUGAGACCAUUGACGUGGACUCCACAGGUGCACCCCUGCCGAGAAACAGGAGCCCGCACUCGCGGUGGGAAAUGGCCGAGCUGUGCGUGGGCAGCGGUGAGGGAGCCGCAAGUUCCCUCCCCCCCCCACCCCGCCACCCCGGAGCAGGUGCUCGAAGUGAGCCUGCGGAGAAAGGCAGAGGGAAGCGGCAAACGCAGGAAGCUGGCCAAUGGCCAAGGUUGACGGGCGCGUGGACGGCCCCCGGGGUCUGCGUGUCCCCUGGAGCGCCCCCCCCCCCCCGGACCCUCCGUGGCGGGCACAUGGGGGAGGGGCGAGGGCCCCCUGCGGGUGUGGGGAGCAGGGGAGCCGCGUGUGGGUGCCACAGCAGGGCCAGGCAGGGGGAGAAACUGAAUGCAGGUGCAUGUGGGAGAGGGUGCUCAGUGAGGAAAUGAGAGGGUGACCGUCACACCGUGCGAACGAAGCACGCGGAUGAAAAGGGAAGAAUCGAGAUUCAGAAACGAUACACCUCUUGCAAGAAGGCGAGUAAACCGAGUAAGCCUAGGCGCUGGAAGCGCUCCUUAGUGGCGGGAAACGGAUCUGAAAGGGAAACAACGUAUAAAUUAAAAAGAGCAGGAACAGAUUCAGACGACCAAAUACUCGCCCUCCCGCCCAUGACCUUGAGUCUGGCGGCCGGACCGCCAGAGUAACCGCUGUCCUGACAGGCGUGGGUCCUUCCGACCAGCGCGUUUCUGUCCUCACAACCUGCGUGCGUUGCCCCGAAUGCCGUUCGUGGUCGCCGCUCGCGUCUUUAAGCAGGAAGUUUAAAAAGUGCAAGAGAGUUUUUAAGGCAAGCCUCACCUGCCCCAGCCCAAGGUCGCCAACAAGGACAAGCCAGCCGUGGGGAGGCACCCGUGGCUGCAAGCAGGGGCCUCCCGCCAUGGCCACGAGGGUGGGACGGGGUGCAGUGGCUCCGUCUACACCCGCGGGUGACACAGCCUGGGCAGAGCCACCCAGCUAGGCCGCUCCCAGAUUCUUUUUAUUUGUAAUUGUGAUAAAAUACACACAACAUAGAAAGUA